GUAUAGUUCGUGUAGUUAAGGGAAUAGCCAAACAACAACUGCAUUGACAUAAGGAUGUUUAACUGUUACUACUGUGGACACAAUACUGAGGAUGAUUCAGGAGACAUAAUAGAGUUUACUGUGGAGGAAUUAAAUGCAUACACAGAUGUGUUUAGUGAAAGAAAAUUUAUAGGGCGGGGAGCAUUUGGUCCAGUCUAUCAUGGAAUCAUCUACGGAAGGAAUGAGAAGAAUGUUAACGGCCAAUAUGUAGCCGUUAAGUUCUCCCGCGAUAAAGCUGAAAGAGCAAGAACUCAGUGGCAAGCAGAAGUUCAGUACUUGCCAAGAGUACAACAUCAAAAUAUAAUCAAGCUUAUUGGCUACUGCGAAACUCAAGAAAGGUUCUAUCUUGUCUAUCCAUUCAUGCAAAAUGGGACUCUCACCACUAAAUUAUCAGGACUAGAUUGGAGACAGACCCUCAAAAUCAUCAAAGGAGUUGCAGGUGCUAUACAGAAGCUACAGGAUCAUGUGCCUCCACUUAUCCAUAGGGAUUUAAAGCUGGACAAUAUUUUGUUGGAUAAGGAUUUUAACCCCAAACUAUCUGAUUUUGGGAAUGUUACAUCAGAAGGAGAUCAUAUAGAGUCAGGAACCAAAGCUCAUGAUAUUUUCAGUUUUGGGGUGAUGGUAUUGCAACUAAUUAUGAAGGAGAAGAAAAGCUAUGGCAUUGGAUGUAAUUGGAACAUAAGCGAUUCGGCAAGAGCUUACUCUGCUAAUUCAAUAGAAUUAGUGCAUGCAAAAUUAACAAGCACAGGAUGCUCUAGACAGGCUGCCAAGCCAAUAGCAGAACUUGGAUUGGACUGUGUCAAUCCCAAACCAUCAGAACGCCCAACCAUUUCUCAAGUCCUGAAUGGACUUGAAAAUUUAUAG